AUGAGUAGUUUGUCUCUAGGCGAUGACUCCCUUUCAGGCAGUAAGAAGGAACAAGAUUCGGCCAAAGAUAAAAAUUUAAAACCUAGUUCAGGAAAACAAGUGAAUGAUAGUAUAGGUGGUGUUGACAUUGAGAGGGCAACGAAUGUUCAAAGUUUAGAGUUGGAUGAUGAGAUAAAUAGCAUAUUAAAUAAUAGCGAGGAAAACUCCAAGGUACAAACGAAAGAAAGAACCGAUACUAAAAAUGAAGAUGAUAUAGCUACGCAGAUGAAUUUACCGGACUUGCAGGACUUGGAUAUUGGGCCGUUAGAUAAAAUACAGAAUCCAAUGAAUAAGAUAGUGCUUGAUUUCGAUGAUACCAGUAAGACUGUCAGCAAUUCUCAAUCUCCUAAUCCAAUUGACGAAGAGACAUAUGAUAGAUACAAGAAUUCAUCGUCGCAAGCCGAUAUAAGGAGAAACCUGUCGCUUGUGCCAAUAACAAGCGAGGCAGCCUUGGGAUCGUCAAAUCAUGAGGAUGAAAAAGAUAGCUCUAAGAUUUCAGCGUACGCGAGAUUAGACUUUGAAAACUUUACUUUUUUUGUGCAAACAUUGCAGGUAAUAUUAGGAAGAAAAUCUAAUGAUGAGUUAUUGCAGAGUUCUCAUCAUGCGGUAGAUGUCCAUUUGAGUUCUACAAAGGCAAUAUCUAGAAGACAUGCGAAAAUAUUCUAUAACUUUGGUACUCAAAGAUUUGAAUUAUCAAUAUUAGGAAGAAAUGGUGCGUUUGUUGACGAUGCAUUUACUGAAAAGGGAAUAACAGUUCCAUUGGCUGAUGGAACCAAAAUACAGAUAGGGGAUAUAACCUUUGCUUUCGUGCUACCUUCGAUAGAUUCUAAUACCAAUGACAACUCAGCGGGUGCUGAUAAACAAUUCAAUCCUAGUGAUGCAAUAAACUUAAGGUCAAACCUCUAUAAGGUUUCAGAGUCUCCUUCGAAGAAUGAUCAAAAGCCAAAUAAAUCACUUGAAUCCGAUAAACCAAGAAAAGAAUCUAAACCUAGCAUACUGGCAUCUCCGUCAAACUCAAAUUCGGAUAUUCCUAGUCGUACCUCCCGAAGUGGAUCACAGUCAAAGUCUGAUGGGCCAAGGCGAUUGUCAAGCACCAGGAAGAAGUCAGUUACCAACGAUGAAAUUGAUGAUAUAUUAAAUGAAUUGGGAACAAAUUCUAUCAGUGCUAUAGACGAAGAAGAAUCUGAUUUACUUGAUUCAGAAAUUCAAUCGAUCUUAAAUGAUCCUGAAAACCAUGGGCAAGACGGAGAGAUGGAUCUAGACGAAGAGAACUUAUUAAAGUUAACUCAAUUCAAUGAAGCUUCAAACGAAGAAGACGAAAUAGAUAAGUUAGUCCAACAACAUAAUCUUGAGCAGGGUGUAACAUGGGAUGAAGAUGAAUUGGAUAGAGAUGAGGAAAAUGAAAAUGAAAAUGAAAUGCACGAUAUAGAUUUAGACUUAUCGGUCUUAGAUCAAGAAAUCGCAACACUAGCCCCUCUUAUAGACGCACACCACCAGGAUUUAAUGAAAGAAAAGGAAGAAAAGAGAAAACAACUAGAACAAGAAAAACGGAAAAAGGAACUGCAACAACUCAGGAAAAUGGCAGGAAAAAAAUUGCCUCUUAAUAAACCAAAGACCAAGCCAAAUACAGGAUCUAUACCCCAGCCUCCAACUCGAUCGACACCACUUAUGGGGAAGCCCGCAGUUCCAAGAAUGGGACGCCCAGCUUCUAUUCAACCUCCUGCAUCAAGAUUAUAUGGAAGACAAACACCAACAAAUGGGUUAUCUAAAGCUCAGUUAGUCGAUAACAGAUUAACAACUAUGUCAUCUCCAUUAGCUGGUCUUCCAACACACUUAGUUGCCCAAGGAUCAGCCAAUUCAGGCUUGCCAUUGAAAAUUGCACAGGGAACUCAUCAUUCUAUGGCACAUUUGGUGAAUAGCCAGAUGUCUAAGCCGUUGAUGCCUCCUAAACCGCCAGCUCCAAAACUAGAUGUCCAACUUCAAACAAUAACUUCAACGACAUCUACACCUGUGAGAAUCCCUAUACGAGCAAUUACUAUAAACUCGAAAAUUGAACUUCCUCCCGUAUGUGUUCCGAAGAACUUAAGUGAACAAAAAGACACACCAAAGGUUCCUAAACGAAGAAAAGAUAUCAGUCAAAUCAAAAAGGCUGCUAAAAGUAUUUAUACCAUUGACGAGAUUCCUGAACAUUAUAGAAUUAAACCAACAUUAUCGUAUCCUUUAAUGGUUACAAAUGUCUUGAAGUCCAAAGGUGGGGAAUUGGGCCUAACACUUUCUGAAAUCAAUGAGUCAAUUAAGGAUAUUUAUCCAUACUACAAAUAUUGCCCUGAUGGCUGGCAAACAUCUGUGAGCCAUAAUGUUACUUUAAAUAAAAUAUUUAAAAGGAUAUCCAAGAAAGAUUAUGAUGCAGGCUGGACUUGGGGAAUAGAUGAUGCCUACAUUGCCGAAAGAGAAAAAGUGAAACAGAAACAACAAGAAAUGGCUGCUGCUAAAGCUAAGGCAGCAGCUAUAAAGGCAGAAGAGUUGAAACAGAAACAGAGGUUAGAAGCACAGCAAGGGGCUACGCACAAUAUUGUUGGAAGGAACUUUGCAUCUCCUUAUGGAUUAUCUCCUUUGAAUACUGGUCUCCGUAUGCCACAAUCGCAAUUUAUUUCUCAACUUCAACAAAAGCAAAUGAGCAGUGCUAGUACUAAUGGUCAAAAACCCAAGACAAUUGCGGAACUUGCCAGUGAAAUCAGAAGAGAUGGCUUGAUUGGGUCAAAAGCACCACUUUAUUUUAAACCACAAUCAACUUUACAAGUAAAUAGUAGUGGUGAAUUAGUGAAGCGUAAUGACAUUCCAGCAACUGUUUCUUCUCCGGCCACUUCGACUGUCUCACCGCAACCACCGACAAGUACCAAUACCAUAAAAGCUCAAUUAGCGGCUAAUAGGUCACAAUCUCCACCUUUGCUGUCACCAGUAUCGCAAGGCACUCAACCACUGCACGAAGAAAAGCCUAAAAUGAAUCAAGACACCAAAAAAUCGUUAGCUUACUUGCAAAAAGAGUUAUUUACAUUAUAUAAAGCAAGGAAGCUAUCAUAUAAUACUGCAACUACAACCGAAGUUAUUACGAAAGCUCUUGCCACUACCAUUGCACAGGUAAAUAUCAUAGGUGUUAAAGCAGGAUGUGGCGAUAAUGCUUUAAGCUUUUUGGUUGAAAAGGCCCCGCAACAAGUGAGCAAGAUUUUGGAUAUUGCGUUAACCAAAUCUAUUAAAGAAAAGCAAGGAACACUAUCUUCUAGACCUGCAAGCAGAGGGGGCACACCUGGCCCAACAUCACAAUCACUAGCAUCCAGUCCUGAAAAGCAAACCCCUAGUCUGGUAAAUACUCCGCAACUGGCGGGAUCGCCUAAAGCUUCGUCGCUGUCGACAUUACCGAUUGAUAAGUCGAAGGAACAACACACACUAUCAUCACAUAGACCAGAGCUGGCAACUCAUUCGAAUAGCAAAGAAACCAAUCCCAACGUGUCUAAGGAAUUUUCCAAUGAUAGUAAACCCAACUAUCUGAGCGACAUAAAGUCGGAGUCCCCUAGUGCGUCUCCAUCGCUAGCUAGACCACCCGUGUAUAAAUCUGGGUUGUCGAAGCCUCCAACUUUUUUUGGAAAGUCAGAAUCAUCGUCUCCAUCUCAAUCCACAUUUACCAGUGCAUCAUAUUCUUCGGGAGCAGGAUUACCAAAACCGCAAAGCUUUUCCAAGCCAAGUGCUUUAUCCAAUCCUCCACAGUUUUUAUCUAAUAAGCCCGCAAGGCCUUCCUUCCAUGGAAACAAGGAUGAAACAGCUGUCCCAAGACCGCCAUCAUUCACUUCUGGCUCGUUUCCUCCUACAAAGAGCCAAAAUAAUUCUACUGCAACAGCAAACUCACCUAAUUUAAGAGAAAAAACUACUGGUGAAUCUGCUGAACAGACGACAGUUUCCAAUGCAUCGGGCACAAAAAGAUCUGCAAGCGAUGAAGACAAAGUUGAAGAAAAACUCGAAGACAAUUCAAGAAAGAUAAUUAAAAUAGAAUGA